ACUACGCCGAAAUCGCAUCACAGCGCAGCGCUGUUCCUGGGGGCUCUCGCUGUGCUCCUCAGAAGCUAACGUUAGCUAGCAAGCUGUCAAGUGGAGAGGCUGGGACAGACGUUUCAGCUUCCCCCUGGCUUGACCACACAAAUCUCCGGUCCGUAAAUUCCCUCGAAAAUCUGUGAGAAUAUUCUUAAUAUCGCCAGCUGAGAUAAUGUAAUGCAUCACGGGCGCGCGCAAAGAGGGACCUCCGCACUUAACCCAUUUAUAUGAGUCUCGAGUGACGAUUGCUCCUUGCUAGCUAACUGGCUAGCUAGCCUAGCUAAACCGCCGAGAAUCCCCUAGUUUCGUCGGUGUAAUCUGAGGCUAUUCGGUCCUUGUCACCUUCCCAGUUUCCGUUGCUGUCAACUGGUAUUUCGGAUAUUUGGUCUUAAGAGAAACACAAUGGGUGCAUUUCUCGACAAACCAAAGAUGGAAAAAUACAAUUCCCGUGGUGAGGGCAACGACAUGAGGUAUGGGCUGAGUAGCAUGCAGGGUUGGCGAGUAGAGAUGGAAGAUGCACACACAGCAGUUAUUGGUCUUCCUCAUGGUCUCGACCCCUGGUCAUUCUUUGCUGUUUAUGAUGGGCAUGCUGGCUCUCAGGUGGCCAAGUACUGCUCUGAGCACCUGUUGGAGCACAUCACCAGCAACUCAGACUUCCAGAGUGCUUUGCAGGAGGACCCAUCUGUAGAUAGCGUGAAGAAUGGGAUCCGCACAGGAUUCCUGCAGAUUGAUGAACAUAUGCGAACCAUCUCUGAGAAAAAGCAUGGUGUGGACCGCAGUGGUUCCACGGCAGUGGGAGUGAUGAUUGCUCCAAGCCAAAUCUACUUUAUCAACUGUGGCGACUCACGGGGACUCCUCAGCCGGGGCGGAGGUGUUCACUUCUUCACGCAGGAUCACAAACCCAGCAACCCUUUGGAGAAGGAAAGGAUCCAGAAUGCCGGUGGCUCAGUCAUGAUCCAACGAGUUAAUGGGUCUCUAGCUGUGUCUCGGGCUUUGGGAGACUUCGACUACAAGUGUGUACAUGGAAAAGGUCCUACAGAGCAGCUUGUGUCCCCGGAGCCCGAAGUGUAUGCAAUAGAGAGAUCCGAGGGGGAAGAUGAAUUCAUUAUACUAGCUUGUGAUGGCAUCUGGGAUGUCAUGGCCAAUGAGGAACUGUGUGACUUUGUCAGAUCAAGGCUAGAGGUGACGGAUGAUCUUGAAAGAGUCAGCAAUGAAAUUGUUGACACCUGCUUGUACAAGGGAAGCCGUGACAAUAUGAGUGUUGUUUUAAUCUGCUUUCCUGGGGCGCCAAAGGUAUCUCCAGACGCGGUAAAACGGGAGGCUGAUCUGGAUAAAUAUCUGGAGGGCAGAGUGGAAGAGAUUAUUAAAAAGCAGGGGGAGGAAGGUGUCCCUGAUUUAGUCCAUGUUAUGCGGACGUUAGCAUCCGAGAGCAUCCCCAACCUCCCUCCCGGAGGAGAGCUGGCAAGCAAACGAAGUGUUAUUGAAGCGGUAUACAACAAACUCAACCCCUACCGGAGUGAUGACACAGACUCUGCGUCCACAGACGACAUGUGGUAACACAUCCUCCCACCACUAACACAGCAUAGAGUUUACAAACCACCAUCCUCUCAAGACCCACAGCAGCUCAGCUCAGCAGUCUGUCUCUCUGUCACUCUGAGCUUUUGGUUUCUAAGAAGGGAAUUUCAUGGGAAGAGGAGGAAGAGGAGGAGGAAGAGGAAGAAGAGGAGUUGCAUGCACACAACCCUGGAAUAGUGCAGCACCAGUCCACUCUGGAGUUCAGGAUCCCCACCCUCUUGUCUCCCCUUUUUAUGUUCACCCACCUUAAUAGUCUCCUCUAAAGUAAUCCAUACCAUUUGAGUCCCCAAUGUUUUCUUUCUUUUUGUUAAAUAAUCCGCUUAAGUAGUAAGAUAUUUUUUUUGCUGUAAUUAAUUUGAUUCACAUUUCCUUGUGUGUGUUUGUAUAUUUCUGUUUUUGUGAAGUGCAAUUGUCCUGUACAAACAGCCUGUAUUUAAUGCAGCUUGAUUUUAAGUUAAAAAAAUGAAAGAAAUUAAAAAGAGAACCUUUUAUGCACUAUCUGCCUUUUCCUGCUCUUCUGGAAUUGUAACAAAAGUCUAUUCAGUGAAUAUUACUGCUUGUCCUCCAGGCACAAUGUCUCUGCGCUUUUACUUUCCUUUCCUUUUUCUUUUUUUUAAAGUUAGUUAGUCUAUGCUCCUUUUUUUUAAAAAAAGAAAAAAAACGGGUAAAUUGUAUAGUUGACAGCACAGUAAGCUCUCUAUCAAACCAUUUUAAAUCCUAAUUAUUUUUUCCCUGUGCUUUUUUUAUUGUAUUUUAUUUUUGUACGUGUUUUUCUCUACAUCCUCCCAAUAAUAAUGGCAAAGUGUUUCUCCGUUAUUUUGGAAGUGGCAAACCUUUUUAUUUUUGUUCAUUUCUUCAAGUCAUUUGAGAAAAGACGCCUGUUAACACGUUUGUCCGUGCAAAUAGAUACUUGCGAGCGUGAAUGGGUGCUUGUGUCAAUCUAUGUGCGCACGUGUGUCGGUGUAAAGACAGAUCUGUAUGUGCAACUCUAAUUUAAAUUUGCUUUGGUGGUUCAGACAACAGACCAGCCUGGAGUUUAAGGGAAUUGCUCUCCCAAUGCUUACCCAUUGGUUGCCCUUUUUUCAGCCAGUGUUCCAUAUCACCCAACAUAAGCUUUCACUACUUCUUAUUCCGAAAGGCUUUGGAUAACAGAGUUUACAUGCUGUUAUGCUGUUUGAACAACUUCAAGCUAUAUAUCAGAACUAUACAGUAACCUGAGAUGACACAGAGUAGUUAAAUUGACCCACGGUGUACAAUACAUCGAUUCUAGACUAGUUUACACAACUAUUGUGUCAUAUUUAAAUAUCAGUUUCUAAACGUACAUUGUUACCAGUGCCCACUGUGGGUGCCAUAUGUUUCAGCUUUAUGACAGCCUAUGCCAAGUUUAUUUUUCAUGAGAAUAAGUUUUCUUUGUGGUACAGAUAGAUGUUUAGCUUCUACCUUUAACAUCUGGUCAUCUGACAGAUGUGAACAGUUUAAUCACUGAAUAUGUUAGAGAUAAUCCCUCGUUACCAGUCUAAUGAUAGGACAAAACUGACAAGAUAUUGAUUCUAAAACUUACAAGGCUAUUUUUAUUCUUCACAAGGUCUUCAGCUGGACAUUCAAACCAAGAACAAAUCUGCUAACUGCAAUGAGUUCUCAUGGUUGUAUAUCACCUUUUUAUUCUCAUUGGGUUUGCUCUGCCUCUCCCACAUCACCACAAGCCACACCACAAUGCAGUUUGCUGCUAUAGUGUAUGACUUGUGUGUUGGUUUAUUCUAAUUUUUUUCCAAAUUUUUUUUUGCCCCCCUUAAAGAGAUGAAUCGCCCCUUACUAAAUCUGUAUUUGACACACACAGUAUAUGUAUUUCUUGAAAAGAAAUGGUUUUAUUUCAGAUUUUGUCUAAAGAUUUGUCUAAAAUUGCAUUGUUGGAAAUUUAUGUAUGUAUAUAUUUUUGACUUAAGCUUUCAAGGAAUAAAUCAUGUCGCUUGAGUUAGUUUUUUGCCAUGGACAAAAUGUGUCUUGGGGUGAUUAGUUGAAUAUUUGUGUGUUUUGACAAAAAGCUUUCCCAAUAAUCAUUUUGGUUUCCCUCUGAUCAACACUUAGGGUUUGAACCGUUUCAUUUACAAAAUACACAAUAACAAUGUACAUCAAUUUAUCAGAAUGACAAUCCUAACUAUUUCACCGCAUUUAGGAUUUCUGGUGGUUGCAAAUUAUUAAAUCUUUACAAAACACUGACCGUAAUCUUAAAUGAUCUGCUUUCUAAUAUGCUUUUGUGGCCAAAAACGCUCAGAAAAAGUGGAAUGUCUAUGUAAUAAUAUAAAGGAGUACAGAGCUGUAACCCCAUUAAAUAUGUUAAACUGUGAGUGAUGUUCACUUUGAGAUUUCCAGCUAUUAAAAGUACACAAAUACCGUUUUGGUCGUGCUGGAGAGUAUUGUUUUGAUGAGCGGGUCCUCGCUCUACUAGCAUGACCACAAGGAGCCAGUAAUGUGUAGAGCAGCAGUUGGUGUCUUGGUAACGAGCCAUAAGAGAAAAGCUGAUGGAGAAAGUUUCAAAAAUCUUUUGUGAAUAUGGAGUAGCAUUGGACAUGUUUGUUAGGCCUUAGAGACACAUUGCAUUUUGUGAAGAAAUGUUGAAUGUAAACCUAACUGUGUUUACAGAGGAAACUCCACAGGGUACCUUUAAACAGUCACCCGACAAAUGGCACAAAUAGCAACAUAAUCAUAAUUCUGUGGAUUUCUUUGUGCGUUUGCAUACAAAUGUAUUUUUACUGAAUAUUACCUCCCUUAAAAAAGCAACAACAAAAACGUUAAUACAACAAAAUACAAACAAAACCGUAAAAACAUUGUUAAUUCACUCCUUUUGGUUUAAAAUGACAGUAUUGUAUUUAUGUCAACAAUACUUACUUUUAUUUGUUUAGUUAGUGCACUAAAUGUCUGUCUCAUCAAACAGUUUUCAGCACCACGCUGCUAAUUGCAAACCUGGUAGGUGUUGAUGGCUCUUAAAGCAAUUUUUCACGCAACUUUUCUUUGCGCUUUAAUAAGGAACAAACUAUAUUUCUUUGCCUUUUAAGGCCAUCAAUAUCCCCACACCCCUCGACUGUCCUGUGUUGCUCUAGAGAUGUACAAUUCAUGAUGUGGUCCUUAAAUUAUGCUGGUUAAUACCCCAUUUCUAUAACAGGCCACAGAAUGAAAAAUCUAGACAUUUGCUUUUUAAUGUUAAAAAUUGAUGUAGCUGCAAUAUUAGCAGUUAUUGAUUUGUAACAUCUUGGCGUUUUUGUUUAAAUGAUGUAAAAUGUCCCAUGGCAUCCCCGACAAAAAAUUAACAUUCUGUUUUAAUUUGACAUUUACUAAAAUACCUCAUAACUUUUAUAGGAAUAGUUUAUGUCUUGUGUUGUGUCGAUCUAAACUGUUCAGAAAUUAGUUCACGUUUGGAGACUAUAAUGAAAACAUGUUUUUGUUUUGUGGUUCUCCCCCUUAUCAUUUUGACACUGAUCUAUAUGAGUGGGAUACACCUGUGCUCAUGUACAGUAUUUGAUUGAAUUGUGCUGAUGUUAACAAAACAAGUACAGAUUUUAGUGGAUACUGCAAAUGACAACGUAUUUUAGUAACUAGUAAUGCUUGUCGUAUACGCUAACCCUCAAAGGCCCUCAAAUGCUCACCUGUGUGAUUUCACCAAUUUGUCUACUUGUGUGAUGCUCAUUUAGCUCAAAUCUAGAAUUGUAUCGAGAGUUCAGGGUUUUAGAAAUGUGUGGUGUGCGAGAAGUGACGAAAUGACUAAAGUCAUAUGCACUGAUCAUCUGUAUAAUCAGCUUUUUUCCAGAAAAUUGUUAUUGUAGAAAAAAAGAUUAUAAAGCUAUUUACAGAGUUACCUUUGGUUGCCUGGAUUGCAUCCUGUAUAUUCUUGUACGGAGGACUACCUGGCAGAAGUCGAAGAGAUUUUAAAUGCUUGCGCCCUCUUGUACAUAUUGAUGUACCUCAGUUGUGGCGUUUACUGUGUGACCCUGAGCAGUUGUGGUUUAUUUGUCCCCACGCAGGGCGACCUGAGCCUCACUUUGCUGACCUUUUUCAGCUCAUAAAUAAGCUCACCGAUUUGCCUUACCCAGUCUCAUGUUGCCCCCCUAAAGUACUUGUUCAACAAAACACUAUGAUGAGGAGUAAUGCUUCUGACAUUACACUCCAAUAGAUUCAGAACUAUCCCCAUGUUGGGUACUUAAGCUAUCAACAAAGGGACUUUGUCCUGGUUGUCACAUGGUACAACUUUUCAACCAUCGCUGGUUUGUGUGUGUGCCCCAUGUCACCUUAUUGAAUCUCGGUCUUUAAAGCUUAUUUAAUUUUUCACUGCAGAUGAUGUCAUACUUUUAACUAAUGCAAGUGUUUUAACAUGGUAACCUCGUAAGCAUUCAAAAUGUGCAUACAUACAUUCAUGUCUGCUAUAUUUAUGAUUACAUUCAAGAAUAGCUUUAGAGUGCUGUAGAUAAGUAUUGUCAAUGUCGAUUCAAAUGCUUCUCAGAGGCCUCUGUGAGUGAUUUUACAAAGUUCAAUAACUGUAUAUUUUGUAUUAUGUUCUAGCUCCAAAGGAAUGGCAGAAAAAAAGAAAAUGUUUAAAAAAGCUUUGUUCCCUGAACUAAAUUGUACUAUUUGUGUUGUCGAUUGAACAAAUUGCAUUCCUUGCUUGUGAAUUGAUGCAUUUUUCUCCCUGCUCUUACAUUUUCUCCCUUCUUUCCCUCCUUUCUUUCAUUUUUUAGCCUUUGAAGUUUGAAUAAAAUUUCUAGUUUGCAGAAUGUAUUACUAAAUAAAUGGGUUGUCAUCUUGUACCUCUCA